AUGCCUACUGAUACUAUAUGGUCUAGUACAAAUACUUCACCAAUUACUGCUCAACCACUGUUAACUCCUAUGUCAAAUAACAAUAAUUCCACACCAACUACAAAUUAUGGCUCAAAAUCUCAAUUUAAAUCAGUAUUAGAUCAAGUUGAUCCAGAAGUUGCAAAAUUUUUAAGUUCAAAUUCAAAUCCUUUAGAAUCAUUAACAUCAUCAAAUAAUGAAAGAAGAUUUUCUUUUAAUGAUGGUAGUGAUAUUGAUGAUAAUACAUUUUUUGGAUUUAAAAGAGGUACAUUAUCUGCAAUAACCGCACCAGUUGGAAAUUAUAAUAAUAAUCAUCAUAAUACCAAUCAUCAUUACAACACUAAUACCAAUGGUAAUAAAAAUAAUUCACCUUCAAAUAAUGGAAAUCAAAGAAUUAAUUUUGGAACUGCUUCAAUAAGUGGAGGUAUAGCAUCAAGACAUCCACCACAAGAAAGUUUUUUACAAAAAUUUUCAAAUGUUACUGAUGCAACAAGAGAAAUUGAAUUUGGAAGAUUGAAAUUAGAUGAUGAUAAUAAUAAUCAAAAUUCAAGAAGAACAAGUUUCAAUAAUAAUAAUAAAAGCACCGAGUUUUCUGGUGAAUUAAAUAUGCCUGCUCCAAGGAGUACUUCAAGACAUCAAUCAAUAAGUGAAAAAAUUGAUAAUUAUAAUAAUAAUUCUCCAAUUCAAACUAAUUCUGCAUUAUCAAUAAAUUCAAAUUUAAAUAGUUCUGAAAAUUUAAAUUUAUUACAAAAUAAUGGGAAUAAUUUAACACAACAACAAACACAACAACAACAACAAUUUCCUCAUCAUCAAAACAUCAAUGGCGUUGGUGGUGCGUUUUGGAAUCCAGCCGGUGUUGCUUCUUUCACUCCUGCAACAAAUUAUUUUAUGGAUAAUAAUGGAUUUCCAAUUCCAACUCCACCACCAUCUCAUCAAAUUCAUAAUUUUGAUAAUCGUUCAAUGGGGGGUCCAAUUCCUCCUAUAAGUCCUCCACCAUUUAUGAUUCCAUCACCUCCACCACCACAAUUUAUGGAUCCUUCAAUAUAUAAUAUGAUGUAUGGAAAUUUACCACCUUUCCCACCACCACCACCUCAAUCACAAGAACAAUCACAAUCACAACAACCACAAAAUUUACAAUCACAAGAGGAUGAAUCUAAAACAACUGAAAAUGGAAAGAAACAUGAACCGAAACAUUCAGGACCUGGACAUAUUGGUGUUGGAUUGAUGAAUAGACAAUUUUCACCUGCUUCUUUUAUGUUUCAUCCUUUUAAUCCUUAUUAUCAACAAGGUCCAAUGACUCCAGACAUUUUAAAAACAAUGACUCCUCCUCCACCACCUAUGAUGGUUCCACCUCCUCAAGCACAACAACCACAACAAUCACAGUCACAAUCACAACCUCACCCUACGCAACCCCAACAACCUCAAAAACCAUCACCACCUGCUCCUCAAAAGGAAUUUAAAAAGAAAACAAAACAAAACAAAAAUACAUUUAUAUAUAGAUCACCAUUAUUAGAAGAAGUUAGAUCUAACACCAAGAAUUUUAAAUUAGGAGAUAUAUAUGGACAUUCAAUAGAAUUUACAAAAGAUCAAUAUGGUUCAAGAUUUAUUCAACAAAAAUUACCAGAAUCAAAUGAUAUAGAAAAAGAAAUGGUAUUUAAUGAAAUUAGAGAAAUUUCAUAUGAAUUAAUGACUGAUGUAUUUGGAAAUUAUGUUAUACAAAAAUAUUUUGAAUUUGGUAGUGAAAUUCAAAAACAAAUUUUGUUGGAAAAAAUGAAAGGUCAUAUAUAUGAAUUAAGUUUACAAAUGUAUGGAUGUAGAGUUGUUCAAAGAGCUUUAGAAAGUUUGCUGCUGACUGAAGAUAAAUUAAAAAUUAUAAAUGAAUUAAAAGAUUAUAUAUUAAUUUGUUCAAAAGAUCAAAAUGCAAAUCAUGUAAUUCAAAAAUCAAUUGAAAUGAUAAAACCUUUUAAUAAAAUUAGAUUUAUAUUAGAUUCUUUAAGGGAUCAUAUAUAUAAUUUAACAACUGAUGCAUAUGGUUGUAGAAUUAUACAAAGAUUAUUAAAAAGUUCAAAUAUAGAAGAUCAAAUUUUAAUAAUAAAUGAAUUAAAUUCUUAUAUUUAUUAUAUUAUUCAAGAUUCUUAUGGAAAUUAUGUUGUUCAAUAUAUGUUGGAAAAUGGUAAUGAAAAAGAUAAAUCUAAGAUUAUUGAUAUAAUAUUAGAUGGUGAUAACCUCCUAAUUUUUUCAAAACAUAAAUUUGCUUCAAAUGUUAUUGAAAAAGCAAUAAAAUAUGGUGAUUAUCAACAACGACAAAAAAUAUUAGAUAAAGUAAUGGAAAAUAAAUCAUCACCUGAAGAAAAUCAAGAUCAAUCAAUUAUAAUAUUAAUGUUAAAAGAUCAAUAUGCAAAUUAUGUUAUACAAAAAUUAAUUGAAUAUUUAGAACCAAAUGAUAAAAAAACAAAAUUAAUAAAUAAAUUGAAAUUAUAUUUAAAUCAACAACAAUUUAAUAAUUUUAAUAGCAAUGGUAAUAAUAAUAAUAAUAAUAAAAAUAAUCAAGUUGGUGGGAAACAAUUAGCUUCUGUUGAAAAAUUAAAAAGUUUAAUUGGGUAA